AUGGCUGCAGCUGUCCCAUCUUCAUCAGAUUUAACUGAAGCAAAACCUCCAGCUAUUUCAUUUAUAAAUUCACAUAAAGGAAAGCCUUUGCUAAUAGCAGACGAAUAUGUUUUCAAAUUGAAUAAAACAACAACUACUACCAAAUAUUGGAUAUGUACACUUAAUGGUUGUUCAGCUAAAAUACAUACAGAUACAAAUAGUAAAUUGAUUAAAACGAUUGGUGAUCAUAAUCAUCUUCCAGAGAAAGAAAAACUUGAAGUUCGUGAAUUUCGAGAAAAAGUCAAACAACGUGCAAUUAACGAAACAACACCUAUUCCACGUAUCUAUGAUGAAGAGUGUGCAAAAGCGAUGUUGUCAAACGCAGCAAUAGCUGUAUUACCAAGUGAACGUGAAAUGAAUAGUGGAAUCAACAAAGCACGUCGGGGUAUUACACCUACAAUACCAUCGACACAAUCGUUUGAUAUUCUUGAUCCUUAUACGAAAACACUGCACAAAAGUGAUUUUUUAAUUGUUGACAAGGCAAUAACAAGACGACAGCGAAUACUUUUAUUUGCGUCACAUGAACAAUUGAAAAUGCUUUUCGCUGCUGAAACAAUACUAAUGGACGGAACGUUUUCAACUUGUCCAAGCAUGUUUGAUCAAGUUUAUACAAUUCAUGCAAUAAAACAUAAUCAAUCAUUUCCCUGUGUUUUCGGCUUAUUACCAAAUCGGUUCAAAAGUACUUAUCAUUUCAUGUUUAAUGAGUUGAAAUCUAUAGCUAUACAAAUGCAAAUGAACUUCACACCAAAAUCAAUUAUGAGCGAUUUUGAACCAGGUUUAUUAGCUGUAGUUACAACUGAUUUUGUUACAGCAACACAUACAUCUUGUUAUUUUCAUUUCACGCAAGCCAUUUAUCGAGCGAUACAACGAGUCGGUUUAUCAACAAGUUAUAAUAAUAAUGAUGAUGUCAAACAAUAUUGUCGAAAGUUGAUGGCUCUUCCCCUAUUGCCAGAAGCUAUUAUUGAAAAUACAUAUGAUGAAUUAAUUGCAACAAUGUCAAUAAACUUGAAAAACGUACUGAAUGAUUUAAUGGAAUAUUUCCAAGAGCAAUGGUUUGUGAAAGUUUCGAUUUCUCAAUGGUGUGUUCAUGGUAUGAAUAUGAGAACCAAUAAUAAUGCCGAGGCAUUUCAUAGUCGUUUUAAUCGUCGAGUACAAGUUAAUCAUCCAAAUAUUUGGUCGUUUAUAAAAUUUCUACAAGGAGAAGAGAAUCGUUUUCAUCAUAUGCGUAUUCAAUUUAGUGCAGGCUUAGGACCAAGACCAAAGCAAGCAAAAACAAUUGCUAUUCAACGCCGUAUCGAUAAUCUUGGGAAACGAUAUUAUGACUGUGCUAUAAAUGCUAUGGAAUACUUAGAUGGAUUAUCAUUUGUAGUUGCUAAACGAAAAAAAUGA